AUGCCGAUUACUACUCCAACGCCAUCCACAGCUAUCGCAAGCGCUAUCGCUGAACGUCUCCCUGGUUUUACCUAUACCCAAGGAGCCGAUUUUAUAAUUCGUGAUGCCCCACGGCUUGGUCAACCAGGCAUCUAUGAAGCGCGCAACGGCGAACUAGCACUGUCCACCGAAGGUACAACCCACGAGCAGCGCUCCUUUCUUGCAGACAUUUUUCAAGGCCAAUUUAGGCGAUAUACCGGACAACAUGCUCUUUAUUUCACAACACAAUGUCCAACACUGCAUAUCCCAAGCUACCUCGCGACGUCCAGCGCAGUUGAGCAUAAAGCUACAUCGAAGCCAUCCCUCGCCGAUAUUCCACGCCUUACCAGGCUGGCAGGGAUAGUCCCAAUACUCUCCCAGGGGAAGCCCUUUGCUACAGUGGAGUCAUCAAUUCUCCAAGCUAUGGCCGGGUGGUGUAAACUUGGUUUCAACUGGGUCGCCUGGAUCGAAUCUGACGAAGCUACAAGACUUCGCGACCCUGAUGGCCUAGAUCAAGCCACUCCUGCACAGCUUGAAAAGCUCCUCACUGCCAUGAUACGAUCAGACCGCUUCGCCGAUGGCACCAUUGAAGAUGCUUACAGUUCCGGUUUAAUCCGGCGUAUUGCCCAACGAGCAGCGGCCAUCGUUCAGCAAUCAUAG